CGCCAAAAAAACAAAACAAAAAAAAAAACCUACGCAUUUUCACUCCGUUAUAGAUUUGUUUACGGACAGUUUCAACCAGUGAAAUACUUUGUCCAAACCGAUUAACCGAACUUCGCAGAAUUGUUGCCAUUGCUGGACCACGUGUGUUUAACUAACUAGACCAAAACUUCGAUGAAACCCGGUUUGAGCUCCGCAUAAAAAAAAAAAAGUUGGGUUCUUGUAUUAAAGGCUGAAUUUGCGUUGAUUUUUGAUUUUCUUCUUCUUUGGUUGGAGUAAGCUGAAGUUAUGUUGUUUUAAUCAGGCACGUGGUCUGGUCGGUUGCACGCACGAGACCGUCCGCGAGGCAAAGAGUGACAGCAGGUCGAAGCCGAUGGAGCUGGAAGAGUCCGGGAUCGGGGAAGAGUGCGGUGUUUUCGGCUGCGUAGCGGCCGGAGAAUGGCCCACACAGCUGGAGGUGGCUCAGGUCUUAACUCUGGGACUCGUGGCUUUACAACACAGGGGCCAGGAAAGUGCCGGAAUUGUCACAAGUAAUGGAGCAAGUCCACCCACAUACGUGACAUUGAAGGGAAUGGGAUUAGUGAGUACUGCCUUCACACAUGAGGCUCUUCUGAAGCUGCGCAGUGGUAACCUUGGCAUUUGUCACACACGCUAUUCAACCAGUGGAAUGUCAGAGCUGCAGAACUGCCAGCCCUUUGUGGUGGAUACACUCCAUGGCAAGAUUGCUGUAGCACACAAUGGAGAGCUGGUUAAUGCUCAUGCCCUGAGGAAAAAGGUAAUGCGCCAUGGUGUUGGUUUGUCCACCAGUUCAGAUAGUGAACUUAUAACCCAGCUGCUGGCGCUUACUCCACCUAUGGAGGAGCUGGAUGCACCAGACUGGGUUGCCAGAAUUAAAAAUCUGAUGACUGAGACACCUACAUCCUACUCUCUAUUGGUGAUGUUCAAAGAUGUGAUUUAUGCUGUGCGUGACCCGUAUGGUAAUCGGCCCAUGUGCAUUGGACGCCUCGUGCCCAUUUCUCAGCUUCAUCGUGGAGAUGCAGCAGAGGACGACACUGAGGGCUGGGUUGUGUCGUCAGAGUCCUGCAGCUUUCAGUCCAUCGGUGCCAAGUAUUACAGAGAAGUCCUACCAGGAGAGAUAGUCCAGAUAUCCAAACGUGGUGUUAAAUCUCUGACCAUUGUUCCUCGACCCGAGGGAGACCCUCCUGCCUUCUGUAUAUUUGAAUAUGUUUACUUUGCCAGACCAGACUCAAUUUUUGAAGGGCAGAUGGUCUACACCGUCAGGCAGCGCUGUGGUCGCCAGUUGGCCAUUGAAGCACCAACAGAUGCUGAUGUGGUCAGUACUGUACCAGAGUCCGCAACCCCUGCUGCGUUGGGAUACGCCCAGCAGUCUGGGCUGCCAUACAUCGAGGUUUUGUGUAAGAACCGCUAUGUUGGGAGAACAUUUAUUCAGCCAAACACUCGUUUGAGGCAGUUGGGUGUUGCCAAGAAGUUUGGGGCUUUGACAGACAACUUUGCUGGGAAACGAGUUGUAUUAAUUGAUGACUCCAUUGUCAGAGGAAACACCAUCUCUCCCAUCAUAAAACUGCUGAAGGAAGCUAGUGCAACAGAGGUCCACAUCAGAGUUGCGUCUCCACCCAUCAAGUUUCCUUGUUACAUGGGCAUAAACAUUCCAACCAAGGAAGAGCUCAUUGCCAACAAGCCAGAGUUUGAGGACAUCGCUGGAUACAUUGGUGCUGACAGUGUUCAGUAUCUGACGGUGGAAGGUCUCGUAGCAGCCGUCCAGGGAGGAAUCAGUUCGUGGCAGGAGACAAAGACAAUAAGCUCCAGUCAUACAUUCAAGAAGAAAGUGGGCCACUGUACUGCCUGUCUGACAGGGAAAUACCCAGUGGAGCUAGAGUGGUGAAAGCCCAACUGCAGUCAGUCACUGUUGUAAAUUUAUUACAAACUGUCCUGUUAUCAGUUAUAGUUGAUACUGGUUCAUGCAGUACAGAAGAAUACUACCGGAUUUACAUCCUAGAAAUACUGUCUAAGGUAAAAGAUUGCCAGCGUGCACACUGUGCAUUUGCACAGAGCAGUGGUAGGCAUCAAGUGUCCUGAUAGAAUGCAAAUUUAAUUUCACUAGCCUGGUGGGCUCGCACAGAAAUGUGAAUAUCAUAGCAUGUAAUGGUCCAAAAUCUUCAUCUUUGGACUUUCAGUAGCCACUCUUUAUUAGUUUCCCAUUUCAGUGUUAAAAUCCAUUCCAUCCGAUUUUUGUAGAGACCCAAGAGCAACAGCCAGAAUCUUCUAAAGUUACAACCAAUGGACAUGUCACUUUUAUUUAAAUAAACACUGAGCAAAAAUAUAUGCAGUCUGAGAUUUGGGACCAUUUUCUUUAAUCGCAUGAACAGGCGUGUGUACUGUUUAACAAGAAACUGCAGACAUUCCACCCUCCUGUUCAAAGAGAGCCAA